AUGUUAUUAAGUGACCCCAACACUAUGAUAAAGGAUCAAAUAAAAGAUACCAUUGAAGACCUUGGUUAUACAGUGAACCAAGUUAAUCUUGGAGAUAAUCCAAUAGAUACAAGCGAUGAUACCAGUGAGAAGGUGAUAACCUUUGGCUUGGCCGGUAUGACUUGUGAACAUUGUGUAAAAACGGUGACCGAAGCACUAGCGACAUUACCUGGUGUAAUAAGAAAUACUAUUUCUGUGAGUCUGGAAAAACAACAAGCAUCGUUUUCCUUUGAAGGGAAUAGUAUCGACAAUGCUACAAUCAGGCAGCUUAUCGAAGGCCUGGGCUAUGAACUGACUACUAAGGCUCAUAUCACAGUUGAAAGCUCAUUAUCCAAGUUAUCUACCAACGACACACUCAUUAAUGAGCCUGCUAAUAGUAAACAACGCAAGGUAGUCAUGCGUGUGUUGGGUAUGACUUGUCAUUCCUGUCAGACAUCUGUUAAAGACGCUCUGCAAAACGAUUUACCAGACGUUGAUCCCAAAUCUGUCUAUGUGAACCUUGAAACAGAGAUGGCUAUGUUUAUUACGAAACAAGAACCUGAUAUUGAUGCUAUUUAUAGAGUCAUUGAAGCACGGGGAUAUAACGUUGAAAAUAUUCAAGUGAUUCAUAAUCUAAUACCUCCUCCCAUCAUGUUCCUGGAUGAGAAAACUGAAGAAAAACAAAAUGAGCUUAAUUUAAUAACUACCUUAAGCGUUGUUUCAAUAGAAAAUUCUAUUUCUCCUCCUACAAGGUUAACCUUUCAAGUGACAGGCAUGACAUGUGCUAGUUGUGUGCGUACAAUCGAAAAAGGUCUUACAAAGCUUCCAGGUAUAGACCCUAGUUCUGUUCAAGUCAAUUUACUCACACAUAGUGCUUCAUUGACUGGUAAUAAUCUUGAUGAAAAGACCAUUAAAGAAGCCGUUGAGAGGAUGGGUUAUUCAGCAAGCAAAUUCGUUUUCUUAUCAGAAGUUGCAGCACAACCAGCUGAUAACAAAACAUCAAACUAUCAAGCAGAGAUGAUCGUCAGUGGUAUGUAUUGCUCCAGUUGUCUUGUCAAGGUCCGUAAUGCAUUAACUCAACUACAUGAUAUAAUUCCUUCCACAAUUGAGAUCAGCUUAGACACGGGUCAUUGUCAAUUUGAAUACAAUGGUGAAUUUAUUACACGUCAACGGUUACAUCAAACCAUUUUACAACUUGGGUUUUCAGCAGACAAUAUCAAAAUUACCAAAUUAACAGAUACAGAUACAGCUAAUAUCGAAUCUAAUGAAAAUUUGGCUACAACUCAUUUAAAGGUAACUGGCAUGACUUGUUCCUCUUGUGUGGCCAAUAUUGAACGUAACAUAAUGAAACAACCUGGGGUUAUUAGCUGCCAAGUUAGCCUUCUCUCUAAAUCUGCUGUUAUCAAACAUGAUCCUUCUAUUGUUGGCGCACGCUCAUUAGCACAUCUCAUUGAACAAAUUGGUUACAAAGCUGAGCUCUCUCAACAAGGUCUUGAGACCAUUGCGGAGCAACGUGCUUCAAUGCGAGCCGCGAUAGAUCAAGAACUUGGCAUGCUUCAAUCCAGGUUUUGGUGGUCAUUUGUAUUUGCAGUACCUGUUGUACUUAUUUCAAUGAUCUUCAUGAUGGCUUUACCUUCAUCAAAUCCUGUUCACCGUGCCUUUGUUAAGGAAAUUACACAUGGUCUAUCCGUUGGUGAUCUCGUGUUGUUCUUGUUGGCCACUCCCGUGCAGUUCUGGUUAGGCUGGCCGUUUUACGUCAAGGCAUGGCGUUCUUUAGUCUAUUCAAGGACUGCAAAUAUGGAAACACUUGUAGCAAUGGGUACAACGGUCGCUUAUGUUGCAUCAGUGGCAUCCGUAAUUGCAGUUAUGGCAAGACCUCAUAUAGAGUCUAUGGGUCUCAAUUACUUUGAAACAUCUGUAUUAUUGAUUACCUUUAUUAAUUUUGGUAAAUGGCUUGAAGCAAUGGCUAAGGGAAAGACAGCAGAGACAAUUACUAAAUUGAUGGAUCUACAACCUGAAAGGGCUACUUUGGUCAUCAGCGAGUCUACAGUAAAUGAUGAAAAAGAUGUUAGUGAAGAGACCUUCAUUGAAAAAGAAAUUGAUUCAAGGGAUAUCCAAGUGGGUGAUAUUUUAAAAGUCAAUGCAGGUGGUCGUAUUCCAUGCGAUGGUAAAAUUUGGAAAGGUGAAUCAGCUACAGAUGAAUCGAUGAUUACAGGUGAAUCUGUGCCUAUUACAAAGAGCGAAGGUGAUAAUGUCAUAACAGCUACCAUCAAUGUUAGUAAUACUAUUUAUAUUCGUGCUAUUCGUGUUGGUGCUGAUACAACACUUUCACGUAUCAUUCAAAUGGUUCAAGAUGCUCAAGCUUCUCCUAAAGCGCCUAUCGAACAACUUGCAGAUCACAUUUCUAGCAUCUUUGUCCCUAUUGUUAUCUUUUUGGGUAUUGCUACAUUUAUUAUCUGGGAAGUAAUGGCAGUGAAGGGUAAGGUACCUAAAGAUUGGAUGCCUGAAGGUGAAAAUGAAACUAUCUUUGCAAUCAUGUUGGCUGUUACUGUCCUUGUUAUCGCUUGUCCUUGUGGUUUAGGUCUUGCGAGUCCUACAGCUGUCAUGGUAGGUACUGGUAUCGCUGCUAAGCAUGGUGUACUUGUUAAAGGAGGAGGAUACGCUUUAGAAAUGGCUAAUCGAAUCACAACUGUUGCAUUUGAUAAAACUGGUACCCUCACAAUGGGAAAGCCUCUUAUUACUCACAAUUGGAUCGAUAGCGAAUCAGCCACAACCAUUUGGAAAAUCCUUGGACGAGUUAGUUCUGCAAGCAAUCAUCCACUUUCUAAAGCAAUAGAGAAAAAGGCACGCUAUAUCAUUCAAGCCUUAUCUGAGAACCCACAACUUUCAGAUACAGAUCUCAUGGUGCAUGUGGAAGAGCAACAGGAUUCUGAUGGCGACCUCUUUGAAGGUGUGACAUUAUCUAAUUCACAAGAAAUCCCUGGUCGUGGUCUCUUGGCUACUAUCACAUUAACACCCGAGAUAGCUGCCGAUCUUAGAGGACCUUUACGUAAUGUACGUGCUUUAAAUAUCUUUUUAGGAAACCAAGCUUGGAUGGACGAGAAUCAUGCUCGUUUUGCAACUGCUGAACAAGCUCAAACCUGUCAUGAUUUGAUAAGUGAAUGGCAAGGUCUUGGCCAAUCUAUCGUUCUCAUCUCUGCCUCUCCAGUCAUUUCAUCUCUUACCGACACUCAUACAGAGGGAUGCAAAGAUGAUUGUGCUUGUAUUGUCUGUCAAUGCUCAACUGUUUGCUGUGCUACUUCUACAACUCGUAUGAUUGCUCAAGUGGCCAUUGCUGAUAUUCCACGACCUGAGUCUAUUCAACUUAUUUCCGAAUUACGAAAGCGAGGUGUUGAGGUCUGGAUGAUCACUGGUGAUAACGAAAAAACAGGUCGUGUCAUUGGUCGUCAAUUAGGUAUCGAAGAAGAUUUUGUUUUGGCUGGUGUUAAGCCUGAACAAAAAGCAGAUAAGAUUCGAAGCUUACAACAGAGACGUACACAUGGUAAAUCAAUGGUAGUUGCCAUGGUUGGCGAUGGUAUUAAUGAUUCUCCUGCACUUGCACAAGCUGAUGUAGGUAUUUCUGUCGGAUCAGCUACAGAUAUUGCUAUUGAAGCAGCAAGUAUUGUAUUGAUUCGAAAUAACUUGAUGGAUUUGUUAACCAUGUACGAUGUUUCACGUACAGUUGUUCGACGUAUUCGAUUUAACUUCUUUUGGGCAUUUAUGUAUAAUGUGAUAGCAAUUCCUAUUGCAGCUGGUAUACUUUAUCCAGCCGUUGGAAAAGGCCUACCACCUUAUAUUGCAGGUCUUGCUAUGGUUGCUUCUAGUAUUACUGUUGUCUGUUCUAGUCUUUUAUUACGUUUGUAUAGACCACCUAAAGUAGUUAAUGAUUCAUAUCAAAUCAAGAUAUAA